AUUUUCCCUGUUGUCAAAAGAGGCAGCAUCUUGUCAUCGAUAUCCAUCACCUUCAACCCAGUAUCUGCUGUCUUGUCACUGCGAAGUCCUUUGGCCGCCGCUGUAUCUGACGGCGUGCUGACGCACUCGAGUUGUCAUUCGACGAUGCGCACUGCUGCAAAAUCUACUGCACAUUGGAACACCACCGCUAUGGCUGGGACAUCUGUGGUGGGAGUGAUGGCAGGAAGUGCAGCGCCGGGGCUGGUUGCAGCGGCCAAUGCUUCAUUGAUGGCGUCGCUCACGCAAGAAGAACUUGGUGAGAUGCGAGAGUACAGUAAACUGCUGCAGUUUCGCGACCGGAUCAUCAGCGGCACGCAUCCUCGCAUCAAACCAUCGCAUUUACCAGGGAAAGCCGCGCAGGCCCAGAGACCGCCCUCAGCACCUGAUUCUUUCACUCCCGCAAUGCCCCCGCCUUCGCAGUCAGCCGCCGCAAAAGGCGCCGUAAACAGCGGUCGCCCAGUAGUUGACAAUUUUCAGUCUUACCAGGCAAACCAACAACGGGCACAAGUAACCAUGCCUCCUACUGUUCCUGGCUUGGGAACACUGUCGGGCGCAUCUGGAAAGCCAGAGAUCAAUCCCGUCCUCUUGGAGAAGUCGGACGACUUGAUCAAGGCCGAGAUUCAGUUGCAGCGACAGCGAGUGGAACGCGGCCUGAAGGAACAGCUAGAGCAGCGCCGGACGGCCAACAAGGCGUCGGAGCAGCUGGCCGAACUUGAUGUCGCCGACAUCAUGGCGAAAGCCAUGUCGCUAGUUCACGCGACUCCUCCUGUCCAGCCCGCUGACGACACAGCUGCUAAUGCCUCAGCAUCCAACGACUCGGCCGACGAUGACACCUUCUACUCGAGCCGCCACGAUACUCCCGAAUCCAACAUGGCAUCCCGACUGCCCAAUGAGUCCGAAGAGGAAGAAAUGAAAGAGGGCUCGCCGUAUGAGCCCGUGCUCGAUCUUGAGCCCGUCAUUCCAGUACAAGGCCAGCGCGCUCCGUUGCCUGCACAACAGGCAGAACCCAACGGUUCUAGUUCACAGCCCAAACAACUUCUUAAUCUUCCCGUAUCGGUCCAGGUAGCUCCGGCUGCUGCCAUCUCCGUACCUGGUCUGUCGCUUGCCGCCAGUAGUUCUGCGGGGUUGUACCAACCUCAACUGCCAGAGGUUUCGGGCGCCGCGCAAAGCAGUUCGGGGAGUCUCUCGGAGGACUUGGGCAAAACGAAGAGCGCACAUGAUGUUGCGAGAAACGAGCGAUUGCUCGAGCAAGCCCAGGCUCGCGAACCUCCUGUUGUCCGUGGCCAUAACCUCUCUCCUCUUGCUCCGCAGCCGACCCAUGUUGUACAACCGGCCGUCGCAAGGGAGCCGCAGCUGGGUCCUUCUGAACCAGGCGGCAGGCCUCAAGCAGCCCCUGCGCAGGUCACUGCCCUGAGGAAGCGGAGCUCCAACGGCUCGAGCCCAGAGAGCUCUCCUCAUGGUAGCAAAUCGGAAAAGAAGAAGAACAAGAAGAAGAAGAGAAAGGCUGACCGGGCUGCUGCUGAGACUGCCGCGUCACCAUACAUCAAGCCAGAACCUCGCUCCCCUUCGCCCCUAACCCCUCAGUAUGCUCGCCCGCACAAGCGCCAGCGGUACUCGCAACAGCAGCCUCUAGAAAUUCACGAUGACGAGCCUAGGUAUGAACAGCCACGGCGAGUUGAGGAAGGCUAUCAAGAACGCUACCAGCCCAGGAUUGUCCGGCAGGAACGGGUUGUAGGUUACGAGAGGGCCGAUGAUUAUCGCCCUCGUGACGGCGAGGAGCCCAUCCUCAUCGCGUCCCCGAAAUAUGAGAGGGUCUACUACGAUGACUACAGACCGCCGCCCGCCAGCGGUUACCCAACCGGGCCGGAGUCAGCCCAGUACGUCCCUAGGGAAGUGCGUACCGUGCAACCUGCGCCCCGCCUUGUCGAAGGUCCCUGCGAAAAGGUUGCUACUUACUAUCGUAACGCUCACGGUUUGUCGAGGGUGAGCGUGCGUCCUACCACGUACGCCGAGCGCUCGCAGUCGCCGGUUGGCUAUGAGCGGCCCCCCGCUGCAGCAAUGCCUCCUCCCCGAGCGCCGCCCCGUCGCAUUAUCGUCGAUGCCUUCGGCCGCGAGUACUUGGAGCCUGCUCGCCCAGCCACCGUCGUUAGAGAGGAGGUUGUGACGGAGCCCAGAGGUCCCUACGAGCGACUCCUGCCUCCGCGCUCCAUCUCUCGACGGCCCGAGCCGCUUGACGACGAUGUCGUCUUCUAUACCCCGUCAUCGCCGGCUUACGCAGCGCCCAGACGUGUCAUCACGCAGCCAGAGUACUUCUACCGCGAGCAACCCGGCCCAAGCAACUCCAUUGGCACUCCCUCAGCCGAGUACCUUCCGUCCCGGCCAGAGCCCGCGAGGGAAUACAUCCCUCGGGCCUCCAGUGUCCGCCCUGCCAGGGAAUCAGCCCACUACGACGCCGGCCUGCCAAGCCACGAACGGCUUCCGGUGCCCCUCGAUGACCGCCCACCGCCCCCGCCGCGUGAGUUCUACCGCGCCGCCAGCGCUCGCCCGACAGCAGCUGCACCCGAGGGAGCUCCAACAUUUGCCCGCUAUGAAGUCCCCAUCGCCUAUGAGCGCCGUCUCGGACCGGACGACCCCAGUCCCGUGUACCGGUCAGCCAGCGUGCGCCCUCACGCUCAAGGCACCAGCACCGCCGCCGCCCGGUAUGAAGCACAUCCUCCUCCCCCUGCGCUGAGAGAGUAUGAGUACGCUGGCCCGGCCAGGAGAGUGGAAUAUGUCCCUGGUCCUGCGCCCGGCCCUGCUCCUGAUUCUUCUCCGGCGGGUUAUCGUCCUCACCAUCAGUACCAUCAGCAGCAGCAUAAACAUCAGCAGGAGUCGAGAGAUGGAAGGAGGGAGACGAUGCCGCCUCCUCCGGCGCCGCUGGGAAGAGCGUAUAGUGUCAUGCCUGGUAGCGAACUUGGGCAGGCCGGCAGGGGGCCGGUGAUACCUGAAGAGAGAUAUUAUGGAAGGGCUCUGCCGCCGCAUCAGCAGCGGAGAGAGGACGAGGAAAUGAUGCAUUUGGAGAGCGAGUAUAUCUGAUGGGGUGGAAUGGGUGAUCUGUGUGGAGGCAGGUUUUUGAGGUUGCUGGUAGGGAGUGGGUGGGUUGACAGGACGGGGAAUGGGAGUGGAUAUUACUCCGCGGUAGUGUCUGGAGUGUCUUGCAUUGUGGUUAGCAGGUGGGGAUGGGAUGCAUGAGGCCUCAUGGGUUGUGCUGGUUGGGCUGGACUACCUAGACGUUUUACACGGGCCGGAAGUCAGUCACCUACGUAAGUUUCAAGCUUCUAUAUUGACCAAUACUCUUUCGUGAACCGCCUUUUGACACGAG